AUGGCUCGACUUUCCCCGUACACGAGAAAGCACAAGGUGACCGUUGUCGGGUCCGGGAACUGGGGCUCCUCAAUCUCCAAGAUGGUCGCCGAGAACGUCGCUGCAAACCCGGACCUUUUUGAACCAAUUGUCAACAUGUGGGUGUACGAAGAACAAGUCGAAAUUCCCAAGAGCUCGAGGCAUUAUAACCCGUCCUCUCCCCUCUGUAGCGGCCCUCAACGCCUGACGGAGGUCAUCAACCAGCUCCGCGAAAAUGUCAAAUACCUGCCAAAUAUCACUCUGCCCGAAAAUUUGCGUGCAAACCCUUCGCUGGAGGACUCUGUCAAGGAUUCCAGCAUUCUGGUUUUCAACUUGCCCCAUCAGUUCAUUGUGGGAAUCUGCCAAAAGCUAAAAGGGCAUAUCCUACCCUUUGCAAGGGCAAUCUCGUGUAUUAAAGGUGUCAGUGUCACAGACCAGGGUAUCAGCUUGUUUUCAGAGGUCAUCGGCAGGGAGCUCGGUAUCUAUUGCGGAGCAUUGUCCGGUGCGAACAUUGCCAGCGAGAUCGCCAAGGGACUCUACUCGGAAACAACAAUCGCAUACGACCCACCUCACUACGACUCCAAAGCCCCGACGCCGCAAAAUAUGUCGCCUGCCUCCUCGGCCGUGAACGUCAACGAAAUAGCCCAUUUUCAACAUAAAGACUCCUCCGGAAGCUACUCGGCGGUGAAACUUAGGCCCAUGCCGGCGGAAUAUCCUCCCGUUGACCAAGCCCUUAUUAAGACUUUGUUCCAUCGCCCAUACUUCCACGUCCGUGUUGUGGAUGAUGUUGCAGGCGUAUCUCUUGGGGGGGCUUUGAAAAACAUCGUGGCUUUGGCAACUGGGUUUGUUGAUGGUAAAGGCUGGGGAGACAACGCAAAAGCCGCGAUUAUGCGGGUUGGGCUGUUGGAAAUGGUAAAAUUCGGUAAACGGUUUUUCGGCGAGACGGUGAACCCUCAGACGUUUACUGAAGAGAGUUGUGGUGUUGCCGACCUAAUCACCAGUUGCAACGGUGGUCGCAACCACCGUUGCGCCAAGCUGGCAGUUGAGCGCGGGCUGACGGUUGAGGAGGUUGAGAAGACUGAGCUCAACGGGCAGAUGCUGCAAGGCACACUCAGUGCCCGGGAGGUAAACGCGUUUCUGAAGAAGCAAGGGCUAGAGAACGAGUUCCCCCUUUUUACAGCAGUCUACGGCAUCCUUGCGGGCACUGUCAAGGUCGAAGAUAUCCCAGCACUGAUUGAACGGUAA